AUGGCAUCUUCUUCCCGUGAUAUUUUUGAAGAAAUGCUCGAAGAAAUGUUCGAAUCAACAUUGUAUGAAAGUAUGGAACAAAUUGUCAAUGAAGAAUUCGAAAAUCUUUUCGUUAAUCGUCAACAACCAACUAGGUCAAAGAAAAAACGAGUCUAUAUUGAAAGAGAUCGUGAAGACGGACACAACCGAUUAUGGAACGAUUAUUUUUGUGAAAAUGCAACAUAUCCACAUCAUCUAUUCCGACGCCGAUUUAGAAUGAACAAGCCCUUGUUUAUGCGUAUUGUUACUCGACUCGCCAAUGAAGUUCCAUUCUUUCAACAAAGAAGAGAUGCUACCGGAAGGUUCGGUCUCUCUGGACUACAGAAGGCCACAGCAGCAAUUCGUAUGAUGGCGUAUGGUUGUGCGGCUGAUGCGGUUGACGAAUACCUCCGUCUUGGUGAAAGUACUGCAAUUUCAUGCUUAGAAAAUUUUGUUGAAGGAAUCAUAAAUUUGUUCGGAGAUGAGUAUCUCAGAAAACCGACACCACAAGAUCUUCAACGACUACUCGAUAUUGGAGAGAUGCGCGGUUUUCCGGGGAUGAUAGGAAGCAUCGACUGUAUGCAUUGGGAGUGGAAGAAUUGCCCAACCGCUUGGAAAGGACACUCAAACGAUAUCAAUGUUCUUGAUAAGUCACCGGUUUUUGAUAAUAUAUUACAAGGCCGAGCUCCAAAAGUGAAUUUCUUUGUCAACGGACACGAAUAUCAUUUGGCUUACUAUCUUACCGAUGGUAUUUAUCCGAAAUGGUCAACUUUUAUCCAAUCAAUUUCACUUCCACAAACUCCGAAAGCAUCCUUAUUUGCUACACUACAAGAAUCUGUCCGUAAAGAUGUCGAGCGUGCUUUUGGAGUAUUGCAAGCUCGAUUUGCCAUUGUUAAAAACCCAGCUCUUAUUUGGGAUAAGGUAAAAAUCGGAAAGAUUAUGAGAGCAUGUAUCAUAUUACACAAUAUGAUAGUGGAAGACGAACGAGAUGGGUACACUCAAUUUGAUGUAUCAGAAUUCGCACAAGUAGAAUCAAGCAGAAGUUCUCAUGUCGAUUUCAUGUAUUCUACAGAUAUGCCUUCAAAUACUGGCAAUUUGAUGGCAAUUCGAACUCGACUUCGUGAUCGCAACAUACAUGAACAAUUGAAAAAUGAUUUGGUUGAGCAUAUAUGGCGUAAAUUUGGUACAAGGCAAAAUAACUAUUAA